AUGGAUGAAGAUGCUAUUAGAAAGAUAAAAGAAGGAGAUUUUGAAGGUGCUCGGCAGACGAUUUUGAAUAUUGAGGGGUGUAUUCGUGAAGAACCGUCUCUAUAUAAUAGAAAGGUCUUGCUGGAGAAAGUUACAAGACUAAAGGACAUUUACAACACCUAUAACGUUGUAGAGACGCCCAUCAUUCCAUUUAAGAAUCACACUUUGUUCAAGAAGCAGAAGAAUGAAACGGAUGGGAUUAAGAACAAGAGGUAUGUCAAGGAUGUCAAUAAUAGUAUAGUAACCAUUGAAGAUUGUACGGAGGUUGUUAUCGAGAAUUGUCAUAAUACAGUGUUUCCACAUUUCAGCUGUGAAAAGUCUGUGGUUCUCAAUAACAUUAAAGACUGUAGGGUUUCUUGCAGCGGGCAUCAGAUAAGAAUGAACGGAUGCCAAAAUGUUGAACUUGAGGUCUACACACUUACAGGUGUGUUUCUCCAAAGUUCCAAAGGAAUAGUGGUUAAGAAAUAUGGGACUAAGGAGAACAAUAAGUUUGAGGAUGUGUAUGACUUUUCUAGCCCUUUUGAAAGUAGAAAUUAUACAAUCUUUCCAAACCAAGAGUGA